UAGAUUUGGCCUAUCCUGACCACUGGGGUCGGUGACGCACAGCUGCGCAAAUUAAAGCAAACGGCAAGACGUGCUGCCACACACCUGUCCUGGAACAUUAGGAUCCACAACCAGCCGUCGCUUCUUGGCAACGCUGUAACCAUGACACAGCACGCAGACAAGAAGGUGGACACAUACACGCAUGUGCUCACUGUGCCCAACAAGAACAACCGUGUUACGCGCACGUUCAAAUACCUCGUAGGGCUUGUCUCGGGUGCCUGGGUUGUAGACAUCAAGUGGCUCACAGACAGCAUAGAGGCACGCAAGCUGCUACCCGAAGCCAACUACAUGGUCCAAGGCGAUACCGCGACGGAGAGCUGCAGGCUGGACGGCCCGUACACGCCUGGCGCGUUGUUCAAUGGAUACCGGUUUUAUGUGUGGGGAGAGCUGGAUCUGGGCCCUGCAUAUCCGAAUGCCGAUGCCCUGAAGCUGAUCAGGGCUGCCGGUGGCGACAUCGUAGCCCACUGCCCCGCCGCCCAGCCCAGGGAGCACGGUGAGCCUGGGCCGCUGGUAGUGGCCGAGUCCUGCAAGCCAGUCAUCAAAGCCAUUCGCAGGCCAGACCACCGCAGGCUGUUUGCCAUCCCGGUGUCACGGGCCCUUCCUGCAAUCCUGAUAGAUAACAAGCACCUUGCCUCUGCCCGGAAAGCGGCCGAGGUGCUAGACAGCCUGAUCGAGGCCACUGGCGGCGGACUCGCGUGCCGGCCCAAAUCCUGGCUGCUUGACUGCAUCUCUGCCAACGAGCUCGUAUAAAGAGUUUUGUGUAUUUCAAGGUGUAAAAGGGGGUCUUC